CACAGUCUAUAUCCGUUGCUUUGUCCUAACGUUUCUCUUCCCUCAGCUUAAAAUCAUGUCUUGAUCAGUUUCUGCCAUUUUCUGGGCGUUAGAUAUACGGAUUUCUCGUAAAUUCGGAAGCAAAUCUUGAGAUUUAUAGCCAUUGUUUUCCAUGGAGUUGGUGUAAGCAAAUGUUGAUGAUGGAGAUUGAAAGAGACUUCAGUUACUUCUCCGACGAUCUCCCCCCAUCUCUCGGAGGAGCAAACAAGGCGAAAAAGCUGCGAAAACACGUGAUUUCCCCCUUCGAUCCUCGUUACAGGGCUUGGGAAAGUUGGCUGACCGUCCUCGUCAUUUACUCGGCAUGGGUCACUCCCUUCGAGCUCGCCUUCUUAACCUGCAAGAGGGAUUCGCUUCUCGUCCUCGACAACAUCGUCAACACUUUCUUCGCCAUCGACAUCAUUCUCGCCUUCUUCGUGGCGUACAAAGACAGCCGGACAUAUCUUUUAGUGGACGAUCACAAGAAAAUAGCGUUAAGGUACGUCUCCACAUGGUUCGUUCUCGACGUUUGCUCAACAACGCCGUUUCGUGCUCUAUGUAUCGUGUUUGACGAUGGUGGCAGCGAGCUAGGGCUUAGAGUACUGACAGUUCUCCGGCUAUGGCGUUUGAGACGCGUUAGCUUGCUGUUUUCGAGGCUCGAGAAGGAUAUCCACUUCAGCUACUUCUGGAUCCGCUGCAUAAAACUCGUAUCCGUUACCCUUUUCGCAGUACACGUUGCCGGAUGCUUCAACUAUCUGAUUGCAGCAAAGUAUCCGAAUCCGGGAAGAACAUGGAUCAGUUCAUUAUACCCGAAUUUCAAACAAGAGAGUGUCUGGAUCAGAUAUGUUACGGCUAUGUACUGGUCUAUCACCACGUUAACCACAACUGGUUAUGGAGAUCUUCAUGCUCAGAACUCGCGGGAAAUGCUCUUCCAGAUCUGUUACAUGCUGUUCAAUCUCGGGUUGAUAUCUUACCUCACGGGGAACAUGACGAAUCUCAUUGUGGACAGGACGGGUCGGACCCGAGACUUUAGGGAAACCGUGAGAGCGGCCUCAGAAUUCGCCAUGAAGAACAGAUUGCCGCCUCGGAUGAAGGAAAAGAUACUUUCGUAUGUAUGUUUAAAGUUCAAAGCACAAGGUUUGAACCACAGAGAGUUCAUAAAUGGCUUGCCAAAAGCCAUACAGUCAACCAUUUCAAACUCUCUCUUCUUCCCCGUGGUUGAAAACGUGUUUAUCUUCCGAGGAGUUUCUCGUAGUUUCAUCGCUCAACUGGUUUCAGAGUUCGAAGCCGAAUGGUUUCCGCCCAAGGAAGAUGUGAUUCAACGGAACGAACUCCCGGCACAUCUCUAUAUAUUGGUCACGGGUGCAGCGGAUUUGAUAACGUAUGUUGAUGGAAAAGAACAAACUAUCUGCAAGGUAGAUGCAGGGGAUACAUUUGGAGAGAUUGGAGUUUUAUGCAAUGUCAUGCAGCCUUUUACAGUUAGGACAAGCAAACUGUGUCAGAUUCUAAGGCUUGAAAGAUCAUCGCUCAUGAACCUCAUGAGAGAAAAUAUGGAAGAUGGGUGCAAAGUGGUGAAGAACCUUUUCAUGAAGAUUAACAGGUUGGAGACAGUUGAUGAGUUUCCUGCAACCAGGGAUCCAUAUAUUUACCUGAAGGAGCUACUUGAUGUAAGAACAAGAUUUCAAGAUUAUGCAGACAAAGACAUGUUCAUAAAGGAUGUGAGAGCAUUCACUAACAAUGCAAAUUCAAUAGCAGAAGAUGGCAAGAAAGAUAAGAAACGUGAUACUGGCAAUGCGCUGUUUCGUGAAGGUAGCGAUCUGAAAACAAGAUUUCCCGUUAUAAGAAAUCUGUCUGAACAGAGUGCUACAGAAACGUAUGAACAUAGGAUAGAUAUUGUCCCACAAGAAAUAGAAGAGGACCCCCGAAAAGUUACAAGUUACAGCAGCAGACACAUAAGUGCAAGAAGCACUCGGACAGAACAUGGUGACAGAGAGACAAAUCAAAUAAAAAAAGAAGAGAAUUACCAUCCACUUGCAACGUCAAAAGCAGAAGGGGAAGUUGAUUUUAUUGCCCGAUUCCAUAGAUGAGCUGCUAAGAAUUGCCGGUAACAAGUUUGGGGGAUGCAGGUUCGUGAAGGUCGUUAACAAUGGAAACGCCGAAAUAGAUGAUAUAAAUGUUGUAAGAGAUGGUGACCACUUGUUUUUGCUUGAAAAAUAGCAGUAUAUGCAGAUGUAAUCUUGAUCAUGAUUCAAGAACAGCAAUUUAGCUGGAAAAAAGGGGGAAAAUUGCAGCA